AUGACCGCACCUCUCGAACUCUUUGUUCUUCCCUGGGGAGUUUAUCCUCGUCGAGUUCUCCUCUACCUCUCUGAGAAAGGCAUCCUCUCUUCUCCCCUCAUCAAAAUCACACCCGUCACCAUCACCCGACAAGGCAUGUCAACUCCCGACGGGAAGCCUCCAGGCACCGUCCCUAUGCUUAAACUCCCUGACGGAACAUUCAUCAAGGAGUCCGUCGCCAUCCUCGAGUAUUUUGAGGAUAUCUGCGCCGACCCCCAGAACGACUGGCAGAAAGAACUAGCCAAGGGCGCCGUCAAGUCUAGCAUGCGUGGAGAAACACCUGAGCAAAAGGCGCGAAUCCGCGAUAUGCUUUAUCUUUCAGGUGAAGCGUGCAAUUACUUUGGAUUCGCCUGUCACAAGGGCACAGCGCUUUUCGCCCUGUCCGAGGCUACUAAUGCCCACGCCGCCAAGUUGUCCCUCGAGUACUGCAAGAAGACUCUUACACACCUGAGCGAGUACUACGAGGGGGAUAAUCUGGAAGAUGGUCGACAGGUCACCAUUGCGGAUUGCGUCUUGUACUCCAUGUUGCACUUUGCAAAGGAUCUAUACGGUCUUCAUUUGGUCGACGAUUUGCCCAAUCUGCAACGUUUUUAUGGAGCGUUUGAAAAAAGGGAGAGUGCUCAAAUCAAGGAGGAUCACUUCCCUCAGGAGAUGAAGGAGCUGGCGUGUCAAUGGCUUCCAGUUGAGUAA